ACCACUAAACGUCAAAAUUGAUAUCACUAUCAAUACAAUGGAAUAAACAUUUAGUAUAAUUCACACAAAUAAUUUAAGAAAAUAAGCUAAAAUGCCUCUCGUACGCUCGGCUAGUUUCAACUUGUUAAUAGAAAUUGUGUUAAGAAUCGCUUUAAUGUCAGCAUUUUGUUACAUGGAGACUCUGCCCCCUUUCAAGCGAGUAAUUCACCCGGCGGACUUGGAGUCGCUUUACAAGUAUCCCCGUGUGGAUUCCUACGUUCCUGGGGGCACGUUAUGGGCCAUAGUGCUGUCGGUGCCUUGCGUACUGUCCAUAUUGGCCUGGGGUUGCUGCAACGACUGCAAUGACGCCUUCGAGAUACUACUAGCGUGGUCGUUAGCUCUAGGUCUGAACGGCGUUUUGACCGACGGAAUAAAAUUGAUAGCAGGACGGCCGAGACCAGACUUCUUCUACAGAUGCUUCCCCGACGGAGUGGAGACUCCGAAGCUGGUCUGCACUGGGGAUCCGAUGGUCGUGAUGGAUGGAAGGAAGUCUUUCCCGAGCGGUCACAGCAGCUUGUCGUUCUGCUCAUUGGGCGUCGCUUCCGUUUGGCUCUGCGGGCGGCUGGGUACGACCUCGCGCCGGCGGGGCAGUGCAGCGAGGGUCCUGAUCACCCUCUGCCCCCUGGUCGUGGCCGGCAUAGUCGCUCUAUCGCGCUCCUGCGAUUACCAUCAUCACUGGGAAGAUAUCCUCGUGGGAUCUUUACUAGGGUUCACGAUUGCAGUUUUCUGCUACAGACAAUACUACAAUCCUCUGUCUUCAGACCUGGCGGGGGUUCCGUAUAUAGUCUCCAAUAACAUGGCCAAGUACGGAAAAGAAAUAAGUCCGACAAAAGAUUUAAAGGAAGUCGAAUCUACUCCGCUUUUGGGGAAGAAAGAUGAUAAAUGGAUCUGAAGUUACUGGAUUGCGGGACUGAAACUCUGAUUUUCUAAUUUAGUGCAUUUAUUUUUUUCCUUUUAUUUAAACAGUUACCAAUUCAAAAGAAAUCGCGGUCACGCAGCAAACUAUUUCUCAGUGAACCGAAUUUAUAACUGGCCUUCCAAUGUUUAAUACCCCUGUGAUUUUACGAUUAAGUUUAUAGGACGGUGCAGUGACUUAAUAUUAAAAAGUACAAACGAACGUAGAAUUAAUAUUGGAAAAACUAAAAUAAUAAGGUUCAGGAUCGAUUAAAACCGUUCCCUUUGCCAAUAUAAAAAUAAAGAAGUACAAGCUUAUCCGAAUUCAGUUUGAUGAGUUUUGGAGGAAACGCGAGAUGUCAAGUUUAAUUUAUUCAUUUGUUUCUUCGAGUUUAAAAGUACAAUAAUGGUGGGUUAGUUAAAGAAAAAGAAAUAAAAUUUCAAAAGUUUAUCCAACUGGAAAUUAAUUUCGACAAUUUUAUCAAGUCAUUAUUAUAUCAUAUCAUUUCUUACUUAGCUCACCUUAUUUGAUUUUUAUUUCGGUCCAUUACACUUUUCGUUCAGUAAAUAAGGUUUCUAUCUUUGUUAUACAACAUUAUUAAUUUAAUUAAUUUAUAUACUAACUUAUAUUACACAUAGUGUAUUUUUUACAGUAACGUAAAAGUAAUAAUGUGAUAAAAUUAGUGAUUCGAUUUUUUUUUUAGUACGAAUCAUGUCAUUUGAUCUAACAGUAAAAUGACAUUAAAUUUUAUAUUUUUAUUUAUUUGUAACAAUAAUUCCAUUGUAUUUGUGAUAGACAUUAUGUAAUGAUGUUGAAAGAAGCGCAUAUGUAUGUAUAAGUAUAUUGGUUUAUACCCAAGUCGUGUAAGAAAAAACGUUUUUUUUGUAAUUAAUUCGUUGUCUCGCAGAAUUGUAAAGUCGAGACGUUUUGAUACGUAAGUAAAUGUUUUAUACUGUUUUCGUUGACCACAAAUGUUUUAAUAAAUCUUUUAUUAUUGACA